AAGCUGCCAAGAAGAAAUUUGUAGAGAAUGAAGAAGAAGAUCCAUUGAUUGCUCUUAUGAAAGUAAUGGAGAAAAGCCCAUAUGAGGGGCACUAUCCCUUCCUUACAUGAUUGGAAGCUGGAAUGUCAGAGGGCUUAACAGCCCCUUGAAACAACAGGAAGUUAGGAGGAUGAUUAAUAAAUAUGAUAUUGGUUGGGUAGGGCUACUGGAAACAAAAAUAAAGAUGAAUAAAUCUGAUGAAUUAGAAAAUAAAUUCCUGCCAGGGUGGGGUUCAUUUAUGAAUAAGGAAGACCACCCUUUGGGUAGGAUUUGGAUACUCUGGAAUAAAAAUAAGUAUGAGGUCAUGAUCUUGGAUAGCAGUGAUCAAAUGGUCCACUGCAAAGGAAGAGGCAUUGGUGAGGGGGAUCCUUUUUAUAUCACCUUUGUAUAUGGGCACAACUCAGCACAAGAGAGAGGUAGACUAUGGGAGCAACUGGUCAAUACUGCAAAAGGGAUUGAUGACAGCUGGAUAAUUGUUGGGGACUUCAAUGCAGUCUUGUCUAAUAUGGACAGAAUAGGAGGAAACAACAUCACUGAAGAGGAGACUAAGGAUUUUAAAGACUGUAUGAUCAACUAUGCAAUGGAAGAGGUGCCUAGUGAUGGCAGCUAUUAUACCUGGUGUAAUAAACAAAAUCCUGGUCAUAGGAUCUAUUCCAAGUUGGACAGGGCCAUAGCUAAUAUGGAAUGGUUCCUCCAAUUUGGAAACAAAAUUCAGGUGAUUGAAGAAGGUAUCUUUGACCACUGUAUGCUAUUAAUCAGAACCCAACCUCAAGAUAGGAUGAAUGUUGGAUUCAAAUACUGUGACAUGUGGGAGUUAGAUUCAGAGUUUCAGCCCUUGCUUAGGAGUAUAUGGAGGAAAGACAUUGAUGGGAGAUAUAUGUACCAACUAAUCCACAAACUCAAAGAAUUGAAGAGGCCUCUGAAGAGACUCAAUAAGAGCAAGUUCCAUCAAAUCCACACUCAAUGUGAGAUCAUUAUGGAGGAACUUGCUGAUAUCCAGAGAAAGUUGAAAGAGGAUAUAAAUAAUCAAGGGUUGAUAAACAGAGAGAAGGAAUGCCUGAAGGAAUACCUUACUAUUAGUAAAGCUUCGCAGAUGAUGAAACUUCAACAAGCCAAACAGAAGUGGAUAACUGAUGGGGAUCAAAGUUCAAGACUAUUUUUUGCCUGGGUAAAGAAAAGGAGCAUGAACAAUCAGAUCAUUAGCAUUUCUAACAGCAAGGGGGAGAAGAUGGAAGGUAAACAACAAGUGGCUAAUGUGCUGAUAGACUACUUCAAAAGCCUACUCGGUGUGAGCUCUUGGACAGACCCUGUUCAGGAUGACAUUAUCAAAACAGGUCCUUGUCUAAACCCAGCACAGCAGUUAAGUCUCCUGGCUCCCAUAACUCAGGAUCAAAUCAAGAGUGCAGUCUUUGCCAUUCCCAAUAUUAAAAGUCCAGGACCUGAUGGCUUCAAUAGUGGCUUCUUUAAAAGGAACUGGGAAGUGGUGGGGGAAUUGGUUACCAAUGCGGUAACUGAGUUCUUUCAAUCUGGAGAGUUUCCUAAACAAUUGAAUGCAACCAAUAUCACUCUUAUCCCAAAAAAUGAGUCACCUAGGUCUCCUACUGAUUUUAGACCCAUUGCAUGUUGCAAUGUCAUUUAUAAAACUAUUUCAAAGAUCCUGAGUUCAAGACUCAAGAAGUUUCCUAAACAAUUGAAUGCAACCAAUAUCACUCUUAUCCCAAAAAAUGAGUCACCUAGGUCUCCUACUGAUUUUAGACCCAUUGCAUGUUGCAAUGUCAUUUAUAAAACUAUUUCAAAGAUCCUGAGUUCAAGACUCAAGAAGGUACUCCCAGACAUUAUCAACCCUAACCAAGGGGCCUUUAUAGAGGGGAGGGAAUUGGUACACAACAUCCUUCUUUGCCAUGAGAUAGCUAAGGGAUAUAAAAGGAAGGGGGCUUCUCCUAGGUGUCUGAUGAAGAUCGAUCUUAGGAAAGCCUAUGAUUCUAUAAGCUGGAAGGCCAUAAAAGGGAUCAUGGAAGCCAUGAAGUUUCCUACCAGAUACAUUGGUUGGGUAUAUUUCUGUGUUACCAGCACAUCAUACUCUAUUUUGCUUAAUGGAGAAAACGUGGGGUUUUUCAAUGGAGGCAAGGGCAUAAGGCAGGGUGACCCCAUUUCACCCCUCCUCUUUACCUUGAUUAUGGAAUAUCUGACCAGAACUCUAAAGGUGUAUGCCCAGAAAAAUGGAUUCAGCUACCACCCUAAAUGUAGGGAGCUUAAAAUUAUUAACCUGGCUUUCGCUGAUGAUCUUAUACUGGUUUGCAAAGCAGAUAAAAGAUCUGUCCAAACCAUUCUGGACAGUCUUGGCCAUUUUAGAGAAGUCACUGGGUUGGAAGUCAAUUAUUCCAAAUCCCAAAUGGUAACAGGAGGAGUACUGAGGGAAAUAGAGGAUGAACUACUGAAUAUGACCAAGAUGGCCAAAGGGGAUCUACCUUUCAAGUAUCUUGGAGGUCCCAUCACUGACAGUAGGAUCAGUGCUAGAGAAUGUGAAGCCUUGGUAUGCAAGAUCACAGCUAAAAUUACUGCAUGGACAUCAAAAAAUCUUUCUUAUGCAGGAAGAUGCAAACUCAUAAAUUCAGUCCUGUUUGGUGUCAUUAAUUUUUGGAGUAGGCUCUUUAUCAUCCCCUCUAAGGUGAUGCAAAAUAUCCAAAACAUCUGCAGAAAUUUUUUAUGGGGAUCUAAAGUUGAAUACACUAGAGCUCCACCAGUCAGUUGGGAGGAAAGUUGCAAAGCAAAGAAACAUGGUGGUCUGGGAUUUAAGAAUCUCUGUCUCUGGAACUAUGCCUGCAAUCAGAAACUCCUAUGGGACAUUGCCAAUAAAAAAGACAUACUAUGGGUUAAAUGGAUUCACAACAGAUACUUGAAGAAGGAAACCAUAUGGAAUAUUUCACCUAAGCCUGGGUUUUGCUUCUAUCUGAAAAGACUUCUAGCAAACAGGGAGCUAUUCCACGGGAUGGAUGAAACGAAGGAAUACGAGGUGAGUAAAGGAUAUGAGUGGCUAAUGAAGGAAAACACCUGUGCACAAGGAUACCAAAUAGUGUGGAAUAAACUUGCCAUACCCAAGCAUCAGUUCAUCCAGUGGCUAAUCUGGAAAAACAGAAUCCCCACUAAAGCUAGACUGAGCAGAUUUAUGAACAUUGAUACCACUUGUGUCCUUUGCAAGAAUGCUAUUGAAGAUAGGGAUCAUUUGUUCUAUGAAUGCAGGUUCACUAAAGAGGUUCUAACUCAUAUUGGUCAGUGGAUCAAUCACAGAUUUCUAGUAGGGAAUGGUGAGGAAUGGCAAAAGGAAUAUUGGAGGAUUAAAGGGAGGAAGAGAAGGCAAGUGGUGGCAGCUGCGUUUGCAGCUAUUUGCUACACUGUUUGGAGAGCAAGAAACAAAUGGAUCAAGCUACAGGAGGAGAUUUCAAUUGAGGACUGUUGCAUGUUCAUUAGAUAUCAACUUAAAACAUAUAUUAAUGUUAAGCUUAAAUCCAACUAUCUGUCAUAAUAGAUACGUUUGAGAGUAGGCAUAGAGAUGAUUAUUGGGGUGUUGAUGUACUUAUAAGUGUUUGCGGUUUAAUAAUAUGAGCAUUUGUUCAAAAAAAACAUCACAAUUUUUGGUCAAAUUUUAAAUUCAUCAAAAAAUUUGCUAAAUUUGACAUGGAUAUUUAUAUUUGCAUGUAAAAUCCUUUGUAAAAGUUUCAUGUCAAAAAAACUUGUCGGUAAUGUCUAAAUUAUAAUUUUUUUUAGUUUUGGCCUCGAGCUCUAGGGGUACCAUCACAUUUUUUGGCCAAAUUUUAAAUUAAUAAAAAAACUUACCAAAU